UUUUAUAUUCAUCUACAAAACAAUGUCAGAGAACGUCAACGUUCCAAAGAAUCGUUUACCGAAUCUUGCGGCCCCAACCCCGCAGAACACACCCUUGACGAACCAAGGCAUUGCGCCCCAAGCGGUUUUGUCGCGUCCCGCCGUCCCCACCGUUGAGGAGAACGACGAGGAGGACGAAGACGAGGGAGAUGAUGACGGUCGCCUGGCUACCCUCGUAGGACAGUCCUCUGGCUAUAUCGAAAACCUCCCGUACAAGGUCAGGAGACGCGUCGAAGGCCUCAAAGGAAUCCAGGUGGAGCAUACCGAGCUGCAGGCAAAGUAUCACCAGGAGAUGCUCGAGCUUGAGAAGAAGUACAACUUGCUGAGUGAACCUCUGUACAAGCGUCGACUCGCCGUGAUCCAGGGAGAUCUGGAGCCGACUGAUAAGGAGGUGGAAGCUGGUGUUGAGUCAUCGAAGAAGGAAGAGGACGAAGACGUCUUCGACGAGGAGGAAGCAAAGAAGAAGGAGGAGGGUGAUGACAUCAAGGGCAUCCCUGACUUCUGGCUCACGGCACUGCGCAACCACGUUGGUAUUAGCGAGCUUAUUACCGACCGAGAUGAGGCGGCGGUUCGCCAUUUGACCGAGGUUACCCUUGCUUAUCUAGAUUCUCCGGCUCCUGGAUACAAGCUCUCGUUCCACUUUUCUUCGAAUGAAUUCUUCACCAACUCUGUUCUCGAGAAGACGUAUCAUUACAAGGAAGAAGUGAGCUAUCUGGGCGAUUGGCUAUACGACCACGCCGAAGGAACAACCAUUGACUGGAAGGAAGACAAAGACCUUACGAAGGCGGUCGAAAUCAAAAAGCAGCGAAACAAGAAUACCAACCGCACCCGGCUCAUCCGCAAGGUCAUCCCAACGGACUCGUUCUUCAACUUCUUCGCUCCGCCUGUGCCUCCCACCGAAGAGCAGAUGAAUGACGAUGAUAUUGACCCAGAGGAGCUCGAAGACAUUGAGGAGCGCCUUGAGCUGGAUUACCAGAUUGGGGAGGACAUCAAAGAUCGGAUUAUCCCGCGGGCGAUUGAUUACUUCACUGGGAAAGCCCUGAAGUAUGAUGGUCUUGACGAAGAUGAAGACGAAGAUGGCGAGGACGAGUACGACGAGGAGGAAGGAGAUUUCGAGGACGAGGAUGACGAUGACCUGCCCGCCAACCGUCAAGCACCCAAGGAUGCUAGUCAAAAGCCAGAAGAGUGCCAACAACAGUAGUUCCCACCUUGUCCUUUCCCUCGACUCUUCUAAUACCAUUCUUGUCCGUACUUUCCCAACCUCCAUUUUGCUCCUAACACUCUUUGGCACACGUCCCUCAUUUCAUAAAUGCUAUUCAUAUUC